AUGGCGGCAAUGGCGAAUCUUGCGAACACCAUGGAGGCUAAUGCUGUUGCGACUCUGCAAGCUGUGAAGAGGUUAGGCCAACUGGCUGGAAAUGGAAACGGAGAUGGAAAUGGAAAUGAUAAUGCUGAAGGAAAUGGGGAUAAUAUGGGAGGUGCUCCGAUGACCUUGGAUACUCUUCUCAAGGUUCAUCCUCCAAGUUUCAGAGGUUCAACUAAUCCUACAGAUGCGGAUAACUGGUUCCAUGCCAUGGAGCACGCACUACAAGCACAUCAUGUCUUAAACAACCAAUACGCAGAGUUUGUUGCGUAUCAGCUUCUGGGAGAGGCUCAGCCCUGGUGGAAAGGUGAAUGCCACUUGCUACAGCUUAAGAAUGCUGAUAUUCCUUGGAAUGUAUUCCAAACGGCCUUCUACAAGAAGUACUUUCCUGAGUCUGCAAGGGAAGCAAAAGAGAUGGAACUUAUGCAGCUGAAGCAAGGUUCCUUAUUUGUGGCAGACUACAAUAGCUGA